UAGAUUACCCACAAUUCAACAAAUUAUUAUUUCCUGCAUAGCAACAACUAAAACUAUGGCAGAUCAAGAGGAGAGACCACCAUCAGGGCAGGAUAAGGAAACCUUGGGAGAUGUUGUCUCAGAAGCAACUGUAAAAGCUCUCCAAGAGUUUGAUUCUGGAGAAAUGGAGACUGGUAAAGAAGCUGCCCCAUCAUCAUCCAGACCUCCCUCAGGAAAACCAUCCUCCAGGCCCCCCUCAGCCAGGCCAGGUUCCAAAGCUGGAUCCAGGCCUACUUCAGCCAAACCUAGUUCUCGUCCAACUUCUGCAAGGUCUCCCAAACCUGAGACUGACAAUAAAGCACCCUCCCAGGCAGGAAGUAGACCUCCCUCUGCAGGUUCAAAGAAAGGGUCUAGGCCACCUAGUGCUACUGAAAAGAAAGGAUCUAGACCUUCCAGUGCUGUUGAGAAAAAAGACUCCAGACCGCCAAGUGCUACUAAAGAUAACAGACCACCAUCUGCUGCAAAAGAUGAAGAAAUGGGUCUUCCAGACGACGAUGGUGCACAGGAAAUUGAUUUUGGAGAGAUGCCACCUAUAGACAGUGGUGACUUUGGGGGAGAUGGUGGUGGUGAUGAGCCACCCCAGGAACCAGAAGAGCCACCUCAGCCACUACCACAAGAUCUGCUGCCACAUCCUGGCCCUGAUGGUGGGGAUGGAGGGGGAGACAGUGGAGAUGAUGAUGAGGAGAUGGAUGAUGAGGAAGGGGUAGAGUCUGAUGCAGGAAGUGAAGCAGAUACAGACAUGGUGGUUCUUGACCCAGAUCACCCCCUCAUGAAAAGAUUCCAAAAUGCUUUGAAAGCUCAUCUGACGACACAAAAUGAGAAAGUUUCACUGGAACUUCGAGAGCUGACUGAGGCCUUGAGGAAUCGGAAGAAGGAGCGAGAAGACUUGGGUGUAGACUUGUAUGGAAUUCAGCAGGAAUUGGCCAGAUUUCAAAUGCUGCUGGAGAAACACCAUGAUGAAUUUGCAAACCUGAACCAAGGUCGUCAGCAAGAGGAAGCUCAGUUAGAGGACGUGAGGAAUACCUACAAAGAAAAUCAGCUUGUUGUCAACAAGGAGAAAAAGAAAUGUGCUGAACUUCAGGGAGAAGUAGAAAAUCUAGCAUUACGUCUCUUCUACAUGCAGAAUGCGAAGGAAGAUGUCAGGUCAGACAUUGCCAUUAUGCGAAGAGCAGCUGAGAAAGCGGACACAGAGGUUUCCAAGUCUGAAAUAGAAAAACAAAAACAGGACCUUUUUGUGGAUAGACUUGUAGAAAGAGUUGAUAAAUUAAAAGAAGAAAUAGCUAUGUUUGAAGCUCAGAUUGCAGCGCAAACUGAAGAAACAAAAGCAGCCAAGGAGGCAUUGAUGGAAGCACAUAUGGAAAUAGAGGCAAUCCAUUUAGAAAAGAAACAGUUGUUUCAGCAGUGGAAUAGCUCUUUGAUUGGUAUGAGAAGGAGAGAUGAGGCUCAUUCAGCCAUGCAAGAAGCGUUAAACACCCAGGAACAAAAGGUGUUGUCACUAGAAACUGAAAUUGAAGGAUACAAGAAAUCAAUUUUCAAGGAACAAGAACAGAAUGAGAAACUAACCCUCAUUUUGAAUAAGACAGAGAGAGAUAUAGAAACUGUAAAGAAACAGCUGAACCAGUGUCAAGCCAAGCAUGAUGCUCUAAAGGCUGAGUAUGCUACCUACACCAGAAUGUUACAUGAGACGGAACAGGCACUCAACCGUGCUGUCACUGAUAAAACUCUUAGACUAAAUGAGUUGAAUGCCCUGAGAAAACAGAUAGAAAGAGAAUACCUAGAAAAAGUAGAACUGGAAGAUCAAAUAAUGGAAAAGAUGAGAAGUCAACUGACAAUGGACAAGGCUGCACAAUAUACCAAAAAACUAACUGGCAAGCAGAGAGACCUAACCAAGAGUCUAGAAACACAAAUGGCAGAGGUGGAAAAUACAAUCUCGAGAGACUCUUUAGAAAUCUCCAAUGUUCAAACUCGUAUUGAAAGAUUGGGAAAAAUAAUGGACCAGUUAGAUGAAGAAAUUGCCCAGAAGAAUGAAAUCAUCAGUCGCAGUGAACAAGAGAUAGUGAAGAGAAAUGCCAUUAUUGAGAGGAAGCAGAAUAUCAUUGAUCAAUACAAUAAAAAGCUGGAGGUCCUCAUCAGCAAAGCUGGGGGUGUUGAGCUGGGUCCUUUGGAGAUCACCAUCAACUCGCUCCAGAAGUCUAUUGAAGCUCGACAGCAGGAGAUUGCUGAGCUUCAGCAGAUGUGGCUCAGACAACAGAGUGAGCUUGUACAACUCACCAAGGACAAAGAGACACAAUCAGUGGAUGUCCGCAAGCUCAAGAAACAACUCACCAUUCUCUCUCAGAAGAAGAUCAGAACAGAAAGUGAAAUAGAUGAGCAGAGACGAGAGACUUAUGAUAUAGAAAGAAGCACUAGUAAUAUGCAAAAUGAUAUGAUCAAACUGAACACUCUUCUAAACAAGGAGAAGGGAGUCCAUGAGAAUCUUCAUCAGGACAACAUUCUCCUCGAAAAUGAUUUCAUCAUGGCUCUCAGGGAAGCAGAAAAGGAAUCUAUAGAAUUACAGUCCAAUUUAGAUGGAAUUAAAGAAGAGAAAGAGAGACUCUUGAACAGUUUGGUAGAGGCUGAGCGUCAAAUCAUGUUAUGGGAGAAGAAAACUCAACUUGCUCGUGAGACAAGGGCUGCUGUCGACUCGGAAGUUGGACAGGGUGAGAUCAAGGCCAUGAAUGCAGAAAUUCACAGGAUGCAGGUCAGGUACACCCAGCUGAUGAAACAGCAAGAGAAAAUGAUCCAGGAAAUGGAGAAGGCUGUGUCUAGGAGGGAUACCAUUGUCACUAGAGGAGAUGCUCAACAGAAGAUAAAUAAGAAAGUCCUAACAAAGGGAACAUUUGAAAGACAAAUGGGAGAGCUGAGGAAGAAAAUCAAAGUCACAAUACAGGAGGCAAAUGGAUGUGAUAAUGACAUUCAGGAACUGCGUGGCCACCAGGUAGAGCUAAGUCAGCAAUUAGAGGACAGACAGGUCCACGUCCAGCACCUCCAGGGUCAGUCAGACACACUGGAUGGGGACAUUGAGAGAUUGUUUGAGCAGAAGCAGAAGAAUAUGACUGAUUUGCUGGGUAAACAGCAAAAAUCCAAGUACUUUCAACAAGCUAAAGAUGGUAAAUAUGCGAUGCUGUGCAAGUCAGAGUCUUCUUUGGAAAAUGAGAGCACAAAGCAGGUGGACCGAAUGCCUAUGAGUGCUAUUGUAGAUCGCCUGAACCAGGAGUUUCCUCAUGUUCAGCCAGCCCUGCGCCGAGUUACCUUGGCUCUGGCAACAAGGACCGAACAGUCGCAAGACUAGAUGUCUACAACUUGCUCUCAAAUAACAAUAAUAAAGCUUGUUCGAGUAUCAAUGAACAUCCGUCAAAAAAAAAUUUGUAGAUGUUUUUAAUUUACAUUCCACAUUUAAAGCUAUUGUGAAAUUGUUUUUUGGAUUUUUUUUUUUUACAAUUUGUGUAGUUAUUAUGUAUUGAAGUAUUGUCACUGUUUUAUCAUAUUGUAUUAAAAUAAUAAUCUGA